GUGCAUCGAAACCGAAAGUAACCGAGAAAGAACUGACGGGUACUUUCCAACAUCUAUUACAGCUGCGUGUUAUCGACUGUGACCCGAUACAGCCAGAGAAGAGACUUUGGAUCCGCAGCGCCAUAAGGAGCAAACGCCUUGAAGCCUUUCAGCCCGCCCAUCUGAGCGCUCACAAAGGAGCAGCCACAGAACACUGAACAAGGAAGUAAAGCUUUCUGACAGACUUCUGUUUCAGCUGCAGCAGUCAAAAUGGCUAAGAAGAGGAAGAUGAGGAAGCGAUCCAAAUCUCUGUGCUCCAGCCAUGAGCUGAUCGGUUCACAGACGAGUGAAGCGCAGUCCUCAGGUCCCAGCUGUGAGUCUAUGAAGAGUGAUGUAUCCAUGUAUGAGCCACUCAACUUUAAGAGAAGACGAUCACGGACAAGUGAAGCUGAGUCCUCAGGUCCCAGCUGUGAAUCUAUGAAGAGUGAUGUAUCCAUGUAUGAGCCACUCAACUUUGGUGUUAAGAGAAGACGUUCACAGUCGAGUGGCAAUGAGCCCACAGCUCCCAGUGUUGUGUCUAUGAAGAGUGACGUAUCCAUGUACGAGCCGCUGAACUUUGGUGUUGAAACUACACAAAGCGAGCUGACUGGGGAGCUGUCCAGCUGUUCCAUGUGUCUGGAGGUUUUGAGGGAUCCAGUCCGUUUAACCUGUGGACACUGGUCAUGCAGACUGUGUUUCAGCUCGGAUUGCACCUGCACAAAGUGUGAGAAGGAACUCAGAAAAGAUCCGGAACACCAGAGGGAGACUGGGGGCAGCCAUCUCUUGAGAGCAAAGAAGAAUCUUAAAGAAGCAAUUCAAAAGAAAUUCACUCUGACAUCUGAAGGUAAUGGUGACCAACAGAGCUCCCUAAACAGCAUCUACACAACACUUCACAUCACCACUGGAGAGAGUGAAGGGCCACAUGAUGAACAUUCAUUCAGACUCAUCAAACCUAAACGACCUUCAGAAUUUAUCAGCCUCAGUGACAUCUUCAAUCCUUUGCCUGGCCAAGAGAAACCCCACAGAACGGUCCUAACAAAGGGUGUUGCGGGCAUUGGAAAAUCAUUUUCCGUGCAGAAAUUCAUUCUUGACUGGGCCGAGGGGAGAGAAAAUGAGGACAUUGACUUCAUUUUCAGUCUUGCUUUCCGAGAGCUGAAUUUGAGUACAGAUAAUAAAAGCUUGCAAAAGCUCCUGACUGAAUUCUAUCCUACGAUCCAUGAUCAUGAUCUCUCAAAAGAUUUCACCAAAGCCAAAGUUGUAGUGAUCCUGGACGGCCUGGAUGAAAGCAGACUUCAACUGGACUUCAGGAACAAGAAGGUAACAUCAGUCAGUGAAGUAACAUCUGUGGGGAAUCUUCUAGCAAACCUCAUCCAGGGUAACCUUCUUCCUAAUGCUAACGUGUGGAUAACGUCCCGUCCAGCAGCAGCCAAUCAGAUCCCUGCAGGCUUUAUCGACAUGGUGACGGAGAUAAGAGGGUUCAGUGACCCACAAAAAGAAGAAUACUUCAAGAGGAGAUUUAGAAAUGACCCAGGCCUCGCUGACAGGAUCAUUUCACACAUUCGCUCUUCACAGAGUCUCGACAUCAUGUGCCAGAUCCCGAUCUUCUGCUGGAUUUCUGCCGUGUUAUUUCAGGAGAUCUUUGGAGGAGGAGAUGAGAAAGCUGAAACUCCUCAAACUCUAACAGAGAUGAUGGCAUAUUUCCUGUUUGCCCAGACAAAAUGCAGAAGCAGAAAAUAUGACCAGAAGACAGAGGAAAACAAAGAGAGCCUUCUGAAGAAACACAGAGAAUUUCUCCUGAAACUCGGCAAGCUUGCGUUUGUUCACCUGCAGAGGAACAGUCUCAUCUUCUAUGCUGAAGAUCUGGAAGACUGUGGCAUCGACGUAGAAGAGGCAACCAUCUGCUCUGGAUUUUGCAACACAAUUCUGAGGGAAGAACAAGUCUUUUCGCAGAAAAAGGUCUUUUUCUUUGUGCACCUGACCAUACAGGAGUUCUUUGCAGCUCUGUUUGUCUAUGACUGUUUCACAAACAACAACACAGAAGAGCUCGGCAACUUCCUCGAUCUGAAGGACAAAGAACAUACUUUACUUGAUCUUGUAAAGAUGACAGUUGACAAAGUGUUGGAGAAGAAGAACGGCCACCUGGACUUCUUCCUGCGAUUCCUCCUUGGCCUCAUGGUAGAACCCAACAGAAGAGUCCUUGAGGGUCUGCUGACAUUGACAGAUCCAAGCCAAGGUACUGACAAGAAAAUCUUGACUUACCUCAAAGCCAUCCGAAGGAAGGCCCUCUCUCCAGACAGCUGCAUGAACCUCUUCCAGACCAUGGUUGAGAUGAGAGAUCACAGAGUCAAAGAUGAGAUUCAGGAAUAUCUCAAAUCAUCAGAUCGUUCCAAAACUGAGCUGACUCCACUGCACUGUUCUGCAUUGGCCUACGUGUUGCUGGUAUCGAAGGAUCAUCUGGAUGUGUUGGACUUGAAGAGUUACAACACAUCAGACGAAGGCAGAAGGAGGCUGAUACCAGCUGUGAGGAUCAGCAGCAAGGCCAUACUAGCAGACUGCAAAGUGACUGAAGAGUCAAUCCAGCAUCUGGCCUUUGGCCUCAAGUUCCCCUAUUCACCUCUAAGAGACCUGGAUCUGAGCAACAAUGACCUGAAAGACUCAGGAGUAAAGCUGCUCUGUGAGGGACUGUCGAGUCAAUACUGCAAACUGAAGACACUGAGGUUGUCAGGUUGUCAGGUCACAGAAGAAGGCUGUGUUGAUCUGGCUUCAGCUCUACGGUCCAACCCCUCCCAUCUGACAGAGCUGGACCUGAGCUACAACAAUCCAGGAGACUCUGGAGAGAAGCUGCUCUCUGAGCUGAGAGAAAAUCCACAAUACAAGCUCAACAUACUCAAUGUUGAACAUGGUGGAAGUCACCGGAUGAGAACGAGAUUCAAGAAAUAUGCCUGUGAGCUCACGUUGGACCCCAACACAGCCCACAAGAACCUCCUUCUCUCUGAAGGGAACAGAAAGGUGACAUGGGUGCAAGAGGAGCAGCCAUAUCCCCAUCACCAAGAAAGGUUCGAUAACUGCCAACAGGUGCUGUGUCAACAGGGUCUAGAUGGGCGUUGCUACUGGGAGAUGGAGGUGUUGGAGCCCUUCACCAUGGGGUUAACGUACAGAAGCAUUGGCAGGAAAGGUGAUGUGGAUGAUUGCAAGCUGGGAUGCAACGACAGGUCUUGGUGUUUGAUUUGCUCUGAUGAAGGUUGUUUUGUUCUGCACUGCAAUGAGAGCGUCAGUGUAUCUUCCCUCUGCUCGCGCUCCAGUCGGGUGGGGGUGUACCUGGACUGGCCAGCUGGGACUCUGUCCUUCUACAGAGUUUCCUCUGACAGUUGGACCCGCCUCCACACCUUCAAAGCAACGUUCAACGAGCCCCUCUAUCCGGCUGUUGAACUUUACACUCAUUCCUCUGCACUUUUUUGUCACAUUACUUAGCUCAGUUAACACAUAGCUAAUUAAACUUUCACUGCAAUCACAAACAAAGGUGUUGAUUUGCAUGUGGAUAGUUGGGACGUGUCCAAUACAAUCAAUCAAAGACCUACUAGAGGUAGUCAGACAGAGAGCCAUCUCGCUGAUUGUUCAGGCUUGUAAAUUAGUGAUUGCACCCUCAGAAUGAGGUAUCACUGUGUUUUUACCGUCACAUUUUCUUUUGCCAUGUGCUUAAGACCGCAGGCCAACAACACCAGUAGUGUGAAGCAAAACCGACUGUUACCAGACAGGCUCUCACUUUGUAUUCCAAAGGAAAAAGAGGACAUUAUGUCCUGGUUAAAAAAAUGUUCUUUAAAUAACAACUUUGCUAACAUGGCAAGAACCACACUGGAUAGCCAAACAGCUUGUGUAACACAAGCUAACCUCCCAGUGCAGAGUGAUGGAGGUAUUUACGGUGGAUCUUCACCAAUGUGAAACACAUGCACAACAUUAAGAAAAAAUGCUGCAAAGUGAGGAAAUACAAAUACAGAAACAUUCACUGAGGAAAACUGGUGACUCUCUUCAAGGGAGAGAGAGAUCUGGCCAAAAAGUUGCUAGACAUGCUAGGUAAGGUGGCUAAAUCUAGCAAGAUAGUUGCCAAGUUGGCAGCAAUGCAUAUGCUAUGGGCCCAUAAUUUGCAAAGCCCUACAUCGACGCAGAGCCUACGUCACAGGUACGGCAUUGAUUCAGUGCAGAAGUAUAAAUCCCACCUUAGCGCUGUAGCUGAAGAGAGGCAUGGGAAUGUGCAUAAUGUCACAUUCUAUGGAAUUUCCCUGGAAACAUUUUUCAGAGUCCUUUACAGAGAAUUCAGUCCACAGGCUCCGAGAAGCAAGUGAGAAAGUCGGGGAAAGUCAUGUUUUUUAGUUGUGUUACAACAACGUGUUGAACAGAAAGAAGAGGAACGUCGAUAUGAUAAUGCUCAAAAAUACUUUUUUUUUUACGCAUAUGUAGCAUGUAACAGUGACAAACACAAACACACAGAAUGGUUUUCCUUUAAGAUUCAAUCAUAGAAAUUAUAUUUUUAACAGCAGCAGUGGUGAUUCUUCUUCAAAUACUUUGGUACAAUAUAAUGUUCUGUAAUGUAUCCUGUGUAAUAUAUCUCCUAAAAUGUAAAAUACGUCGCCAUAAAGCACUUUUGCAACGUCGAGCUGCUAUGAGCGUUUGUGCAUUAGUGAAAGAGAGAAAGUGAUCACGAACACGUUAGCUCGGGUUUCAAACAUGUCUCUACUAAUCUCAAAACCAAACCUACACCCUCGCCAGCCUCGUCUCCAGAAACCUGUUGCUCCUGUUUUCAUUUUUAUUUUUUUUUCACCCCAUGCUAUUAUCUCACAUAAAAGGCUAAACGUAUCUCGGCAGUCAGGAGCUGCGGGUAUGGUUCUGACCAUGUAAGAUUCAACCAAAGAAACAUUUAAAUUGCCCCUAUGUGAUGGUCCGACAAGCUGUCAGAGUAAGCAUUGAGCCCACACUGUAACUAACUGCACUCCCUGAAGAAAUAUUAUGUUUAUGGAGAAAUGAAAGAGUGAUUCCAGAGAGAAGCAGACAGAGGGGUCUACAGUCUGUGUUUGAAGGAUAUAUCCAGGAUGUCAAACUGACUCAGCAGCAACAACAGGUUAAAAAGACAAAGAUAGUUAGAAGCUAAAGCCGAACUAUAGGCUACAGAUCACAGUGUAAAAGUGAACCACCACAUCACUGCUGAUCGCCACACAAGACAAUGAAUAUAAAGGGAAACUUUGCUGAUACUGAACCAGCUGUGUGGCAUCACAGUGUGUGCAGACAGAUUUGCAACAUUUAAAUCAUACCGGUCUGAUCAUCUUCAGGGUUUUUAUUAAGUUUUAGUCGUUCAUGUUUGUCCAACUUAUAUGUGUAUAAGUUUAACCAUUCAACUUUUAGUUUUAUGUGUGAUCGAAUAACUUUGAACUGUGGUAAAGUUUUACAUUUUGUUGUUGUCAGUGAGUGACAGUUUAGUGCACAUAGUGUGUGAUUGUGUACACAAGCAGAUAAAUACACUGUGGACAUGAGUAGUUGACUGUAUUAUUCUUUUUAAGUAUAGGUGUGAUGUGUCUUUUUAAACGUUUCAUUUAAGUAAGAAGCUGUCUUUUAUUAUUUUUCCACUCAGAAUAUUUUAUGCUUCAACAUAUUUAUUUGCUCCUUCUCAUGUAGUGUCUAUAUUCUAUAGGGCCAGAUACAUCUGUGUUUAGACUCUGUAUCAGUGAUCAAUGAAUCAUUUGUUUGUAAAGCAAAUAAUACAUUAAGCUGCUCUUUCCUUCCCUCAAAGUGCUCGACACCAUCAACUUUCAGUAACGUAGCUUAAAUUUAUGCACCUAAAUAAAUCCGUACCUUGCAUUUGA